AUGCAGGCAAUAUUGGUUGCACUUCUGUUCAGAGAUCUUGUGGCUGCACUCGUGCCGACUACAUGGAACGGGGGUUCCUACGAGUGCAAAUGCUAUGUCGGCGAUGAAUGCUGGCCCAAAUCCGAGGAAUGGUCCGCUCUCAACGCCACCCUGAACGGUAACCUCGCCGUCCAUAUUCCUCCUGGCGCUGUCUGCCACAACACCUAUCAGGGCCCACUCGGGAACAUCAGUACAUACAAUGACGCUGCAUGCUCGAGUGUCUCGAUGAACUUCCAAAGCGCACAAUGGGCAACCGAUCAACCCGCCGCAGCUUUGUGGACCUACUAUACCAACGAGACCUGCCGACCGACAAAUAACCCCAACACGCCUUGUAUGCUCGGGUACUAUGGAGUCUACGUCAUCCUUGCAAAGACCUACGAACACGUAAAAGCAGGCGUUGACUUCGCUCGCACUCACGAUCUGCGGCUGGUCAUCCGCAACACCGGGCAUGACUUUUUGGGCAGGAGCACUGGCUGGGGAGCACUGGUCAUCAAUACCCAUGGCUUCAAGAACGCAACGUUCAUAGAGUCCUAUGCUGGUCCAGGAGACUACCAUGGAUCAGCAGUCACCGUUGGAGCUGGAAUACAAGGGGGUGAAUUGCUUAAGUUGGGCAGCGCGCAAAACCCACCUGUGACAGUUGUGGUCGGGGAAUGCUCAACGGUUGGACCAGCAGGCGGUUUCGUGCAGGGUGGCGGCCAUGGCCCCUGGACCACCGUGAAAGGGAUGGCCGCAGAUACAGUGCUCGAAUUCGAAGUCUUGACAGCAGCAGGCGACAUUGUCACCGCGAAUUCCGAUACGAACUUGGACCUGUUCUGGGCGCUCAGGGGCGGAGGUCCCUCGGCCUUCGGUGUGAUCCUCUCGGCUACCUUCCAAACGUUCGUUGAUGUUCCCUCGGCCGGCGCAACCCUCGACAUCAACCCCAGCCAUACAGACAAUCGGACGUUGCUCUGGGAGGCUAUCACCAUCUUCCACAGCUACUCGAAUCACUUCGUCGACAACGGGCUCUACGUAUACUUCGAAGCGGGUGUUUUCGGCCUUCACGUCCAGCCCUUCUUGGCCGUGGACCAAACCUCGGCACAACUCGAUGCAAUCAUUGCCCCUGUGCUUCGCGACUUGGACGGCAUCGGGAUCAGAUACAGCACCUCCACCAAGCAAUACCAAACAUUCUUCGCGCUUUACAAUGACCUCUUCGAGCCCGAGGGCGCGGGUAUCUCGGCUCUGACUGGCGGUUGGGUCUUCGCGCACCAAGACAUCGCAAGAAACAACACGAACAUCAUCAACUCAUUCAAGAACCUACAAAGUAAGGGGGCAAGCGCGAUCGGGCACAUGUGGAACCCGGCCUAUGGCAUGCCAAACUCGAACAACGCGCUGAAUCCAAGGUUUCGGGACGCAAGUGUUCAUGUUAUCGCCGCGAUGUCUGUUUCAAGCAGUGCGACGUGGGAGCAGAAGAUGGCGGCACAGAAGACGCUGACAUUUGACAUCAACCAAAAGAUGAGGGAAGCUGGCCCGAGUGGGUUCGGGUACGUGAAUGAGGGCGACUCGAACCAGCCUGACUGGCAGACCGCUUUCUAUGGAACUAAUUACCCUCGGUUACUUGACAUCCGCAAGAAAUGGGACCCAAAUGGUGUCUUUUACGCCAUCGCCACACCGGGGACGGAGGAUUGGGAGGUCAUCGAUUAUGGGACCAAGUUAUGCAAGAAGUCAGGCGCGGCAUGA